AUGUCCUCCUAUGGCCAACUGCUCAGCGCCCGCUGCGCUUCACCCUGCGAGGUGACGUGCGCCCAGCCCUACGUCGAUGCCUGCAGUGAGCCUUGCGUCGCCUCCUGCGGAGACUCCCGAGCCAUCGUCUAUGCCCCACCUGUGGUCGUGACAUUCCCGGGGCCCAUCAUCAGCUCCUGCCCCACGGAGAGCAUCGUUGGGUCGUCUAUCCCCGAAAUCGGCGGGGGAAUGGGGUCUGGAGGGGGUGGGAUGGGGUCUGGAGGUGGUGGGAUGGGGUCUGGAGGGGGGAUGGGGUCUGGAGGUGGAGGGAUGGGGUCUGGAGGAGGGGGCUCCUCCUGCGGGGGUGGGAUGUCACGGCUGGGGAGCCUCUACCGCGGCUCCUAUUUCUCAGGCUAUGGUAGGAAUUAUUACCCCUAUUUUUCUCGAGGGUACUACAGGUAUCGCUAUGGGAACUACGGGCCUUUUUAA